AUGUCUCCGGUAGCCGUCGGCAGUAGUGCCGCUGAAGGUGCAGGCAUAAGGAGAGGUGCAUGGAGCAAGGAGGAAGAUAGCUUGCUCAGAAACUGCGUGGAGACGUAUGGGGAGGGGAACUGGCACCUUGUUCCCCACAGAUCAGUUUUUAGAAAGAUGGUGGACGGCCAAGUUUCGCCGGCCGGCCGGCCAAAGUGUAUAAACCUUAGUGUUAAAAAACUGAAAAACAAGAUAUGGAAGCUGAUUGCUGGAAGAAUACCUGGGAGGACGGCCAACGACGUCAAGAACUACUGGAACUCUCACUUGGCUAAAACGUUUUCGGCCAAUCCUACAGCUACAAGAGAGAUCCCAGCAACACCUCCUCGCGUCGUCGUCCACAGGCCGCAAGCUCACAGAGUCUCCACGAGACAGCGUGAGUUGCUGGGCCAGAUCUGUCCACGAAGGGAACCAAAUCUCAACCCUCCGGCCAGCUCUUCGCAGCCGCUGGACAUUGAGAAGACGCCACAACAAUUUCCUGCGCCAAAUCUAUCAAGCUCCGAUCUGCCAUCGCUGCAUGGAGAUCUGGACCUAGGGGAGUUUGCACCAGGAGGAGAUUUCUUUCUUAAUGAUGCUGAAUUUGAUGACUUAUUCUGCGAUCCAUUUUUUUGGGAUUGGCUGAAGGAUGACGAUGGUCCUUCACCAUUAGAUUAA